AUCUCAUUCCUCUAGCAAUCUCCGCCAAAGUUUUCCUAUAAUUAGUUACCAACUGCUAUUCUUCUGACAUCUUACUCUCUCUUUUCUUUCUGUCCAACACCAAAUAUCACUCUUUCUUUGCUAAUGGAGUUCUUGAAACGAAAGGGUGUGGUUUACACCCCCGUCAAGGAUGUGGACUUAGGCCCCUAUAGCACUGAAUUCUACCUCCAAGCCAAUGUCAAAGUCUUAAUCAUGAUGGAUGAAAGUCAUGCACAUCCACAAAAUGCUGAUGUCUUUUCCAUCACAGCUCCACGCAUGACUGGUCUUUUGGUCAAGAUUUUCACCUUUUUGUUGGAGUUUCCAAUACUUGGAACCUUGCUACUGUUCAUAUUGAAGGGAAACAAUCUUAUUCACCGGCUUAUCACAAAUGCAGAGUUCGAGGAAUCGCCUCUCUUUGUUCCCUUGCAUGAUUUUGAAGACAUUGAAGAAAAAGAAGUCAAAUGCUUAGAUUCUUCUUUAUCUCCACCGGAAAAAGUUCAUCUUGCACUAGAUUGCUUGCCUAAAACUUCAGAAGAAACACUUGAUGAUGGAACCAAUUCUCCAUUCUGUCGCUGGACAAUAAUGGAUUAUGCUAAAGCUUACUGCUCAGGAGACAUAACACCAAUCAUGGUUGCAGAACGAUUUAUUGCUGCUAUUGAUGAAUCCACAAAACCCGCACUCCAAAUGGGAUUCUUUAUUCACUAUAGUGCUGAUGAUAUACUAAGGCAAGCAACUGAAUCAACUCUUCGUUAUCAAAGAGGGGAACCUAUCUCCGUGCUAGAUGGAGUUCCUGUUGCUAUCAAGGAUGAGAUAGAUUGUUUGCCAUAUCCAACAACAGGAGGUACAACAUGGCUGCACAAAGAAAGGCCUUGUCAAGAUGACGCCUGCUGCGUUAAGCGUCUAAGAUUAUGCGGCGCCAUACUUGUUGGGAAAACCAAUAUGCAUGAACUUGGGUCUGGAACCAGUGGAAUAAAUCCACAUUAUGGGCCAGCUAGAAACCCGUAUGAUACAAAUAAGAUUGCAGGAGGCUCUUCUAGUGGAUCUGCUUCUCUGGUGUCUGCUGGACUGUGUCCUGUUGCCCUUGGUGUUGAUGGGGGAGGAUCUGUAAGAAUGCCAGCAGCUCUUUGUGGUGUUGUUGGUCUAAAACCAACUUUUGAACGUAUACCUCAUGAUGGAGUUCUUCCCCUAAACUGGACAGUUGGGAUGGUUGGAAUACUAGCAGGCACUGUGGAGGAUGCAUUGAUUGCUUAUGCAGCUAUCAGUGGAGAAAUUCCAUAUUUUCAUACCUUCAGUGUACUGACCAAGAUAAAUCUUCCACGGCUGAGCUUGACAAAGUCCAUAUCUGGCAUCAAGUUAGCAAAAUACGGGAAGUGGUUUGAUGAUUGCAGUGAUGAUGUCAGAAUAUGCUGUACCAAAACUUUGAACAAGCUUCAGGAUCAAUACAAUUGGAAGAUCGUAGAUGUGACCAUACCAGAGAUAGAAGCAAUGCGGCUGGCACAUUAUACAACAAUAGGAUCUGAGUGUUCCACUGCGCUUGAUUCUUUUAAAGAAAAGAAUUUUGCAGAAUUAGGAUGGGACGUAAGGGUAGCACAAAGCAUCUAUGGUGCUUUUAGCGGCUUGGAGUAUCUUAAAGCUCAAAGAAUUAGGAAUCGCCAAUUGCAAUUUCACAAGAAAAUAUUUGUUGAGGCAGAUGUCAUUGUCUCACCAACGACAGGUGUGACUGCAUAUCCCAUUCAAGAUGAUGCCCUGAAGACUGGUGAACUUGACUACGUGAAUGGAGCUGCACUUGUUCGUUACUCCAUAGCAGGAAACUUUCUGGGACUUCCAGCUGUUACUGUUCCGGUUGGAUUCGAUAGAUUGGGUUUGCCUAUUGGGCUUCAGUUUAUUGGAAGGCCUUGGUCUGAAGCUACACUGAUCCAUUUGGCAUUUGCAAUGCAGGGUAUAUGCAUGUCAGAGUACAGAAAACCCAAAGUUUACUAUGAUCUGCUGAGAAGGAAGAAUAGUAGCAAUAGCAUGUCGUUUGAAGCUAAUUAGUCUUGUCGCAUCUUUUCCUUUUCCUUUUCAUUUCUGUUGGUGGAUUUCAUGUACUAGUAUGAUUUAAUACAUUAGAGUGAUCAUGAAUUUUUUUGAAAAAUUUUAA